AAGAAGCACAAAAUUAACUUUUACCUUCACCGUUUACUCCUCAAUUUCACCACCAUCUUCUUCCCUGCAAUUCAAUUCAAUCACAGCGCUGACAGCUCGGAAAACGGUGAGAAUUUUGUUUUACGUAAGAAUUCAACUGUGCGAAAAGUAGGAUGUUGGUUGGGUGGUAGUAGUAGUAGUGGCUUGGCUUAGCUUAGGUUAGUUAACAAUUUAACAGACCAGUUUUAGAAGAAGAUGGUUUCAAGAGGCAUAGCAUGUGUUGACUGCCUCUUAAAAUGCGAGAGAUCUCACGGAGCGCUCGGAGGAUUUUUGCCUGUCGAUCGAUUCUUCAAGAUCAUGUUCGGCAACAACUGCUCUCAUUUUUUGUGCUUGCCUCCGGGGUCUGCAAGAUUAAUGAAGCACUUGACUACUCAGGAAACUCAAAUUGAGGAUGUAAGUGGGCAGAGAUGGUCUGUAACGAUGUCUCUCGUUAAUGGUUCUCUUGCAUUUGAAAGGGGCUGGGAAAAGUUUUUUGUAGACCAUGGACUCAAAGUAGGAGAAUUAGUGACAUUUCAGUACAUAGAGGGAAGCCAUUUUACUGUUCGAAUUUUUGGAACAAGUGGUCGUGAGAGAACAAACUUUGACAGACGGAGCAAAAAGCGUAGGAGAGAUCAUGGAAUAGCUUCAGAAGAUGAAUUUAUCCUGGCCCCUAGAGAUGAAUUUCGGAACUGCAAACCGAAGAUUGAGGUUGAAAAUGAUGGCUUGGGGGUCUCAAAACUUGUUCCCAUACCUGAGGACAAUGUUGAUCCAAUCUGUAUGAUUAACAAAAAUGAUUGGUAUCAUGAAGAACAUAGGAUUUCCUUAUAUGACUUGAGCUUUGAGAUAGAAAACAGAACAUCUGAUGCAAGCAAGUGUGAGGGAGGUGCAAUCACAAUGUUAGACCCUCUUGCUGAAACUGAACAGCAUUAUGCCAACUUAGAUAAUGCAUCAGGCCCAGAAUUAUCCAUUUCUUGUAAUCGGGUUCUGAAACUGACCAACCCAGCAGGAGGUGAUGAGGUGGAGAAGACUAAGACAACUGCAGAGGAUGCUCAAGUGGUUGUGACCAAGAGAGAAAUUGCAGAUGAGAUUAGAAAGAAAAUGGAUAUGGAUGACACUCAAGUGGCUCCUCUUUCACAUGAGGCAGGUAGGCAUUCUGGUGAUGGUUUAACAACCAAGUUCUAUGAGAAUCCUUCUGAUAAAAGUGAAAUGAAGAAGUGCGUUUCGGAUAAUGUUUGUAGUUUCCAAGAUGUAGACAAACUGGAAUCCAUUAGCGUAUAUCCUUCGACGGGGAGUACUAAGAUUGUCGAAAGGGAGGUAAAAAGCAUAUUUUCCAACCCCAGUUCAAAUGUCAAAGAUCCAUUAGGAGAGGAACCAUCUGCUAUGUGGAACCAACCCCAGAUGAUUAUUCCACCGAUAGUAAAAGUUGAACCUGAUCUGCCAUAUGAAACAGGCCAAUUGGAUACUACCAAUCCGAUUUCAAUCUGUCCAUUUUCAGCUCAGAUAGAAAGCCAACCAUACCUGGAGGUGCCAGUAAAGAUUGUAUUAGCUCGAACAAGGAGAUUGAGAAUGAUUAAACCCCAGAGAAUGAAAGCUCCGAUGAUUAUAUAUCUGAGAGGCUCGGUUGGAGGGCUAUGGCCAGUUGUGUACCGUGAAUAUGUUGGUGGCGGAGCAUUGACUGCUAACUGGACUGAAUUCUGCAAGCGAAACAGCAUUAAGCCUGGAGACAAAUGCAGGUUUCAAGUUGAAGAGAAUAUUGCAAAUGCCGUUUUCAGAGUCAUUGUUACUCAUGGAUCUGAUUAAUUAAAUUGCGAUUUCCUACUACUACUAUUGGACCAUUUUUAAUACUAGCACUAUUAUUUUAGCCAA